AUGGGUCGUGGGUUGUCUGGCCUCGUGCUGCGGAGCGGCGACCUGCUCUGCUUUGUGUCGAGCAUGUGGGAAAUUUCAGAGCAGUUCUGUAGCAUGGCCACGAGAAUCGCAUACGCACUCAUCCUCCUCGUGAAUUCUAUCCUUUCGUGGAUAAUGCUCACCAGAUGGGCCUUGAAUAAACUCGAACAUCUUACAUUCGACUUUUUACCUAUCAGUUGUGAUGGAGAAAAAUGCCACGGCUGGGUUGCCGUUCAUCGCAUCAAUUUCGCCCUCGGCCUUUUCCACAUCAUCCUAGCGCUCCUCCUGCUCGGAGUACGUUCGUCGAAAGACCAUCGCGCCGGUUUACAAAAUGGAUACUGGGGCCCCAAAAUUAUCAUUUGGCUGGCGCUGAUCGUCCUCUCGUUUUUCAUCCCAGAGCCGUUCUUCUUCGUUUGGGGCAGUUAUUUCGCUUUCAUCGGUGCAAUACUAUUUUUGUUGCUCGGUCUUAUUCUCCUAGUCGACCUUGCACAUACAUGGGCGGAAUUAUGUAUUGAAAAGAUUGAAGACAACGGCUCACGGAUGUGGCAGACCCUGCUGAUUGGCUCGACUUUGGGGAUGUAUAUCGCAUCCUUUGCCAUGACCGUCCUCAUGUAUGUGUUUUUCGCACAUAGUGGCUGCUCGAUGAACCAAGCCGCAAUAACCGUAAACCUGAUCCUCUUCUUGAUUAUUUCCGCGGUAUCUAUCCAGCCCGCUGUGCAGGCGGCGAAUUCUCGUGCUGGCUUGGCACAGGCAGCUAUGGUCACUGUUUACUGCACUUACUUGACCAUGUCGGCGGUUUCCAUGGAGCCAGACGACAAACAAUGCAAUCCCCUUCUUCGUGCCCGUGGUACUAGAACCGCUUCCAUCGUCCUUGGAGCCAUUGUCACUAUGUUGACUAUUGCUUACACAACCACACGCGCUGCUACCCAAGGCAUAGCCCUCGGAUCAACCGCGGCGCAUGCUGAUUAUUCCCGCUUGGGUCAGGAUGAGAUGGAUCACGGUCUUGUCACACAGCAGCCUGGGCGUAACCGCCGCGAAAUGCGUGCUGAGGCGCUUCGUGCCGCAGUUGAGAGCGGAAGUCUCCCGGCAUCGGCGUUGGAUGAUAGCGAUGAUGAAUCGGAUGACGACGCUGACUCUAAGGAUGACGAGCGGGGCUCAACUCAGUACAAUUACUCGUUGUUCCAUAUCAUUUUCUUACUUGCUACGAUGUGGGUGGCUACUUUACUUACGCAGAACUUGGACACUGAAGCAAAGGAUGAUCUAGCCCCGGUCGGCAGAACAUAUUGGGCCAGUUGGGUAAAGAUUAUCAGUGCCUGGGUAUGCUACGGCAUAUAUCUGUGGACCCUAGUCGCUCCUGUUUUGAUGCCCGAGCGAUUUGACGGUUAA